ACCAAACGGAUAUUUCCGUGGAGGAGUCCUAAGGGGAUGGAUUUUGCAGAGCAAAGCUGUAAGCUGCCAACUCUAACUUCGGGGAAAACCUUACCUCCACGUUCCCUGUGGUGCUUUUGCACAGGCUAUUUAGGCACAUCUCGGCCGCCGUGGCGAGGCACGGCUCAGCUGUUGCGGGGGCGGGGCCUUCGCAGAGUAUGGCGGCCGGCGAGCUUGAGGGCGGCAAGUCCCUGAACGGGCUGCUGAAUGCGCUGGCACAGGAGACUUUCCAUGGGCACCCCGGCAUCACAGAGGAGCUGCUGCGGAGUCAGCUGUAUCCGGAGGUGCCACCCGAUGAGUUCCGCCCCUUUUUGGCAAAGAUGAGGGGGAUUCUUAAGUCUAUUGCAUCUGCAGACAUGGAUUUCAACCAGCUGGAGGCAUACUUGACUGCUCAAACCAAAAAGCAAGGUGGGAUCACAUCUGACCAAGCUGCUGUCAUUUCUAAAUUCUGGAAGAGCCACAAGACAAAAAUCCGUGAAAGCCUCAUGAACCAGAGCCGCUGGAAUAGCGGGCUUCGGGGCCUGAGCUGGAGAGUUGAUGGCAAGUCUCAGUCAAGGCACUCAGCUCAAAUACACAUGCCUGUUGCCAUUAUAGAGCUGGAAUUGGGCAAAUAUGGACAGAGAUUUUGAGGGAGACCAAGCCAGGGCCUUCUUUCUCCCAGCUGGUGCAUGAUCACCAAUCUCAGCUUUCAAAAGAGUUUGAGCAUAACUUCCCAACCACAAAAGACCCUUGAAUUUGGAAGGAAUGGAUCUGUUACCCAUUUGUGAAUAAGCCAGGUGAAUCGACUUUCUCCAUGCUAGAAGAGAAUCAACUGCUUGAGAUUGCAAAUGAUGGAGGCCUUAAAAGUAUGUUUGAGACAACUUCAAAUCUCCAUACAUUCUGGGUUAAAGUCAAGGUGGAAUAUCCUGAGAUUGCCACAAAUGCACACAAAAGCCUGCUUCCAUUUCUGACACUUUUUGUGAAGCAGAGUUUUCUGCAGUGACAGCAACCAAAACGAGAUUGUUACAGAGUAGACUGGACAUAAGCAAUACACUUUGCGUGUCACUGUCUCCCAUUGUCCCCUAUCCUGCAACUAGAUGGGACCAUCUAGUUACAGGA